GAAGGGGGCUGUGGCAUGUGGUUGGAGGGAGGACUGGACUCUGAUGAGGGGUGUUGCGAGGAGGUGGGGAAAGGUCAGAAUUGGAGUUAAGACGUUUCUGGGGGGGCUUCGAAAGUGUUAAAUUGGAGGUGGGAGGGGGAAGGGCCUGGGGAGAAUUUGGGUGGAAAAGGGGAGAACGGAGGCUUGGGGAAUGGAGAGAGUGUCGGUGGGAGGAGGUAAUGGAGAAAGUGAGAGACUGGGAGGAAGAAAGUUUGGGAGGAAGGGGAGUGGAAUGGGAGAUAGGACAGUGGAGCUGCACGGGUGAUAGAGGUUCGGGGGUUUCCCUUUCCCCGGUGGAGAGGAGGAUAGAACAGAGUUAAGCAGCAUCAGUUGCAGCCAAUUCUAAUUGCCAGGCCCUUAGCUUUUAAGAGGGUGGGAAGGGCAGAAGGGAAUGGUCAUGUGGGUUUGCAGAAUUGGGGUUGGAUGAGAAUUCAACUGGGUUUGUUUUCCAAAAGACUCCCUAGCUUACUGUUCCCUUGUUUUUCCUGCUUGGGAAAAUGGGGAAGCCGGUGUCGCCCAAGUGUGGAGGAGCAAAGGACUUUUCUAGUUUUAGGCAUUAGCAAUACAAGAGUGGGGGAGCAGACAUGGCUAUAUUGGAACCCUAUAUGCUAAGGUGGAGGCUCUGGAAGUCUGGGCAUCUAGACAGGUUAAUUAAAUGAGUGCUGUAGUUUCCAGACCCUUUUGCUGUUUUAAGUCUGGAAGGGAGGGGGUAACAUGGAUACUGUAUGUAGAAAAACUUUCCCUGGUGAAACAUAGACGUAUAAGUGGAUGCUGCGCCAUUAGAUAUUUUGUUCUUAUUGUGUGCUAGUUAAGGGAAAGGGCCAAAUGUAGAAUUUGGAGGAUAGUGCUGGUCUGCUGUAACCACUUUCCUCCCAGUUUUUUCUAAAGAUGAAAGUUAACAUUAAUAUUGUAACAAAAUAGGAAUAAGGAAUUGUGGAGGAAGAUGAGAAGAUGCCAGAGGGUAAUUGGUUUUCCCAGAAGUUCUUAAAUUUGGGAGCUGUCUUGCCACAAGCCAUUGAGACUGGAAAUUCUUGGAGUUGGUAUUGUUUUUGUAAAUUGACUAAUAGAGAGUUAGGGAAGCCUGGAGACUUGUUGGGGGAAGAGACCUGGGAAAUUAAGUUUCUUGCGGAGUACGGUGGGGAUUGCAGCUGCUGAGCAGGGAUUCUGGAAAGCAUUGCGUACCUGAGCCCCCAGCAUGGCGGGCCUAAAGCGGCGGGCAAGCCAGGUGUGGCCAGAAGAGCAUGGUGAGCAGGAACAUGGGCUGUACAGCCUGCACCGCAUGUUUGACAUCGUGGGCACUCAUCUGACACACAGAGAUGUGCGCGUGCUUUCUUUCCUCUUUGUUGAUGUCAUUGAUGACCACGAGCGUGGACUCAUCCGAAAUGGACGUGACUUCUUAUUGGCACUGGAGCGCCAGGGCCGCUGUGAUGAAAGUAACUUUCGCCAGGUGCUGCAGCUGCUGCGCAUCAUCACUCGCCACGACCUGCUGCCCUACGUCACCCUCAAGAGGAGACGGGCUGUGUGCCCUGAUCUUGUAGACAAGUAUCUGGAGGAGACAUCAAUUCGCUAUGUGACCCCCCGAGCCCUCAGUGAUCCAGAACCAAGGCCUCCCCAGCCCUCUAAAACAGUGCCUCCCCACUAUCCUGUGGUGUGUUGCCCCACUUCGGGUCCUCAGAUGUGUAGCAAGCGGCCAGCCCGAGGGAGAGCCACACUUGGGAGCCAGCGAAAACGCCGGAAGUCAGUGACACCAGAUCCUAAGGAAAAGCAGACAUGUGACAUCAGACUGCGGGUUCGGGCUGAAUACUGCCAGCAUGAGACUGCUCUGCAGGGCAAUGUCUUCUCUAACAAGCAGGACCCACUUGAGCGCCAGUUUGAGCGCUUUAACCAGGCCAACACCAUCCUCAAGUCCCGGGACCUGGGCUCCAUCAUCUGUGACAUCAAGUUCUCUGAGCUCACCUACCUCGAUGCAUUCUGGCGCGACUACAUCAAUGGCUCUUUAUUAGAGGCACUUAAAGGUGUCUUCAUCACAGACUCCCUCAAGCAAGCUGUGGGCCAUGAAGCCAUCAAGCUGCUGGUAAAUGUAGACGAGGAGGACUAUGAGCUGGGCCGACAGAAACUCCUGAGGAACUUGAUGCUGCAAGCAUUGCCGUGACCUAUUCCCUCUUCUCACUUUGGGGACUGUUCCCAUCACCCACCUCUGGAGCUUACACUGUUCUGGGGUUUGUUCUCUACCCUUCCAACCAAUCACACCCCUGCCUUUUUUUUUUUUUUUUUCAAAGAAAAACACAAAAGAAAGUGGAAGUGGUAUUCCCCACCCCUCCCUGCACCCAUGUGCCUGGGCUUCCCCUUUGUUUCCCUUUUCCAUUUACCCCCUAAUGUGUCUCUACAGCUACCUUACCACUGAGCCGUAAGACAAAUGUAUAGGAAGAAGCAAAGUCUACAGCACAUAGUCUUUGUAAGGGAUUGAUGUGAACACUUUUUUUGGAUGCACUAAGGAGUUAUCAAUACUUCUGGCUUUAUGAGAGCUCUUAAAUUUUGUCUAAAAAACCAAAGGGCUGUGAGUAAGGGAGCUAUGUGGAAAGUGGGACUCUGAAGUGUAUUUUGAAAAUUAAUCGCCACCCUCUUCCAAAUUAUAGAAUUUUUUAAAAACAAGCUGUGGCCCUUUCCACUCUCUCCUGGCCUCUGGUGCUGCUCCUCUCUGCCGCCUUUCCUCCAUUCCAUGGCUUGAAACCUCUGCCUGAUGUGGCUCCUUCCUUUUUCCCAUUUGUCAAACCCUCUUCAAAGGAGGAACAGAUAAGACUGGGUCAGCCUAGUCAUGCCUCCCAACUGUGGUGGUAUAUGUGUACACACAUACACAGGGUGGAUGGAGAAGAGGUUGCUGAUUAAAAUACACUCCCCCUAUAAAGGGGAAGGGGGAGUGUGACACUUUCUUUCCAUGUUCAAGUGAAAAUAAAUAAUGUACCCUGCA